AUGUUCUCAAUCAAACAGACCAGAGUCAUUGAGCGUCCUCUGGACUAUGACACCGCCAAUCCUCGUCCAGCAAACCUCCCAUAUGUCUACCUCGUGACUGCUUUUGUGUCCUUAGGAGCCCUGCUCUUCGGUUACGACCAAGGAGUCAUGGGCAUUAUCGUGGCCGAUGAACGGUGGAUUCAUCUCAUGAAGCCCGCCAAUUCCUGGGUCACUGGUGCUGUGGUUUCUUUGUACGACGUCGGCUGCUUCAUGGGUGCUAUGAGCAUCGGAUAUCUCGCAGAUCAUUGUGGCCGCGAGCGAACCUUGUCCAUCGCCAGCAUUGUAUUUAGCGUUGGAGCCGUCAUUCAGGCUGCGUCUUACGACGUUCCGACCAUUACUGUCGGGCGUGUCAUUCUUGGUUACGGAGUGGGAGCUUGCGCGGCCGGAGUCCCGCUAUAUGUUUCAGAGAUUGCUCCGGCAGGCUUGCGUGGCCGGAUCAUCGGUAUCGAGCAGAUGAUCUUGUGUCUGGGGGAGCUCAUAGCGUUCUGGCUGGACUAUGGCUUUGCAUAUUUGGACACUCCCGACUGGUGGCGUAUUCCCCUGGCCAUCCAAAUUGUCCCUGCUGUUAUCCUUGCUGUCGGAUGCUGGUUCUGGGUCCCUCAGAGCCCACGUUGGCUUGUACAACAAGAUCGACACGCUUGCGCUCGUGAGGUGCUGGCGAGGCUGCAUGGAGACCAAGCCGCGGAAAUUGAAAUGCAAGAGAUUGCAGAAAGGGUAGCCUUUGAAAAGACUGUUGCGGUCACCGCUUGGAAAGAUAUAUUUACGUGGCCCAUCCUGCGGGUAACGCUGAUUGGAACCGGUGUGCAGUUCUUCCAGCAGAUAACGGGUACAAAUUCCAUUGUGAGAUUAUGGCCCUUCCUAGAACACGUGUCAAGAAGAGAAGAAUUGACAGUUUGGACCUUGCAGUUAUAUUAUACACCGAGCUUGUAUGAGCGUGGCGGGAUAAGCUCUGCUCACACUCGCAACUUGGCGACAGGGGGUGUUGGAAUUGUCCUGUUUGUCUUCGCUUGGAUCCCCAUCUUUGUCUUCGACAGACUCGGACGGAAGACCUGGCUUCAGAUUGGUGUGAUUGGGAUGAUGGGCGGCAUGAUCGGGAUUACAGUCCUCCAGUGGCACGCUGAGAGAUAUCCGGGUGCGAGCGGCAAUUAUGCCAUUGUCGUGUUCCCGUAUUUGUUUUAUGUCUUUUUCAACAUCAGCUGGGGAGUCGGCAGUUGGACAUAUGCGAGCGAGAUAUGGCCUGUGGCGUUGCGGGCAAAGGGGAACGCGCUGAGCACUAUGAGUUUGUGGGCAGGGUGUUAUAUGGUUGCCCAAGCGAGUCCUCCAAUUGGUGACGCCAUCGGCUGGGGCUUGUAUAUCAUUUACUCUGGAAUCUGUGUGUUCGCAUUCCUGUUUGUCCGGUACGCCAUGGUCGAAACGCGAGGGCGUACCUUGGAGGAAAUGAGCCGCUUUUUUGGGACUGAAGACAAGUUCGUGGUUCGGAGGGACAUCGAUCCAGUGACAGCAUUCGAAGCGAAGAACAUGGGCAUCGUGCAUGAGCAGGUGGAGGAAGUCGGCAAAUAA